AUGACAUCUCGAAGGUGGUUUCACCCAAACAUCACAGGUGUAGAGGCUGAGAACCUCCUUCUGACGAGAGGGGUUGAUGGGAGCUUUUUAGCCAGACCGAGUAAAAGUAACCCAGGUGAUUUCACUCUCUCUGUAAGGCGAAAUGGGGCCGUCACACAUAUUAAAAUUCAGAAUACUGGGGAUUAUUAUGACCUUUAUGGUGGUGAGAAAUUUGCUACAUUGGCUGAGCUUGUUCAAUACUAUAUGGAACACCAUGGUCAACUAAAAGAAAAAAACGGCGACGUUAUUGAACUCAAAUAUCCACUUAAUUGCGCUGAUCCAACAUCUGAAAGGUGGUUCCAUGGACAUCUCUCUGGCCGAGAGGCUGAAAAGCUUCUUACUGAGAAGGGAAAGAAUGGAAGCUUUCUGGUGCGGGAGAGUCAAAGCCAUCCGGGAGACUUUGUCUUGUCAGUGCGAACUGGAGAUGACAAGACGGACACCAGUGACAGCAGCAAACCCAAAGUCACUCAUGUCAUGAUCCGCUGCCAGCAAGACCUAAAGUAUGAUGUUGGAGGAGGUGAGAAGUUUGAUUCUCUUACAGACCUGGUAGAGCACUACAAGAAGAACCCCAUGGUGGAAACUUUGGGCACAGUGUUGCAACUUAAACAGCCUCUAAACACAACCCGUAUUAAUGCAGCAGAAAUUGAAAGUCGUGUUAAAGAGCUCAGCAAAUUAGCAGAGGCGACUGACAAAGUUAAACAAGGCUUUUGGGAAGAAUUUGAGACUUUGCAACAGCAGGAGUGCAAACUGCUUUACAGUCGGAAAGAGGGUCAGAGACCAGAAAAUAAAAACAAGAAUAGAUACAAGAACAUUCUGCCUUUUGACCACACACGGGUGGUACUUAAUGAUGGAGACUCGAAUGAGCCAGGCUCCGACUACAUCAAUGCCAAUAUUAUUAUGCCAGAGCUGGAUGCAAAGAGUACCACCACUAAAAUGAAAAAGUGCUACAUUGCCACGCAGGGCUGCUUGCAAAACACCAUUAGUGACUUUUGGAGAAUGGUGUUUCAAGAAAACUCUCGUGUUAUUGUUAUGACCACAAAAGAAGUAGAACGAGGAAAAAGUAAAUGUGUGAAAUACUGGCCCGAAAUGUCUGCUCUGAAGGAAUACGGCGCCAUGCGCGUUCGUAACGUUAGAGAAACCGCGGCACAUGACUACAUUUUGAGAGAACUCAAACUCUCCAAAGUUGGACAGGGCAACACGGAGCGGACCGUUUGGCAGUAUCACUUCAGGGCCUGGCCUGAUCAUGGAGUCCCCACUGACCCUGGUGGUGUUUUGGACUUCCUGGAGGAGGUUAACCUGAAACAGGAGAGCAUCAUGGAUGCUGGUCCUAUAGCUGUGCACUGCAGUGCAGGGAUUGGGAGAACGGGGACAUUUAUUGUGAUCGACAUACUUAUAGAUGUCAUCAGAGAAAAGGGUGUAGAUUGUGAUAUUGAUGUUCCAAAAACCAUCCAAAUGGUUCGCUCACAGCGUUCAGGGAUGGUCCAGACUGAAGCUCAAUACAGGUUCAUUUAUAUGGCUGUACAACACUACAUAGAAACACUGCAGAGACGCAUAGAGGAAGAACAGAAAAGUAAGAUUAAAGGGCGAGAGUACACAAACAUUAAGUACUCUUUGUCUGAUCUCUCUGGGGGAGAACAGAGCCCUUUACCGCCUUGCACUCCUAUCCCAACACCCACUUGCACAGAAAUGAGAGAGGAAAGUUCCAGAGUUGGACGCUCUUUUAAUUCCAGGAUCCUGAUUGCAGUUUUUGCCAGCCAACCUUGA